GGUGGGGGCUCAGAAGAAACAGCCUUGGGGAGUGACUCAAGAUGAGGAGAGGGGUCCAAGCCCCCAGCCUUCCUUUUCAGUGAGCAGCUCCGAGGCCUCAGGGAAGGGUGGAGUAGGUUCUGGGGUGAUGGGAUUGUUUGGGGAGUUAGGGCAGGGCCCCUGUCUGCAGAGGCCAGAGGCUGGUAUAGUGGAGGAGGGGUCAGGCUGACAGGGGCUGACGUCAAAGAGGUCAGAGGGCCUGUGGGCUGGUCUCGAGGUGAGCGGUUCCGCCUCUGCCAAGGUCAGCCAUGGGCCCAGGACUCAGACUAGCCCCUUGGCACAUUGUGAGGAGGGUCCUUAGCAUCAUUGUGACCCGCUUACUCCCAGGAGUAAGGUAGGCAAGCUGGUGCAUAGUGUGGGCACAGUGGGCUGGGGGCCUAGGGGCCCAGGUGGCCCUAGGGACCCCCAUGGCCAUGGCUGAGUGGCCACGGCCCGGGUGGGCCUCCUAUCACAACCCCCACACCAACAGCUGCCAGGACCUGGGCAACUCCAUCCUGUUGCUGUUGGGGGUGAUCAUCUGCAUUAACGUUGGCCUCAACCUGGUGACCCUGCUCUGGCGCAGACUCCGUUACUUCUUACGCCGAGUGUUCCAUAUUAUUUGUGUGAAAGAAGCUCCUAAGUCAUCCUCAUCUGGGAAACAGACCACCAGUCACCCCUCGAGGAAGCAAAGCCCCCCUACAGUCCACCUUCGAUGCACCAUGGACCCUGUGAAAAUGACCGUGACCCCCCCACCCACUCGCCACCAUCGCCAUCGAGACGCUGUGAUGCACCGUGCCCACCAUCCAGUUGACUGGACCCCUGACACUGACUAUGAGAAGCCCCUGCCUCAGCACCCAGCAAUCUGCUCCCACAACUGGGAUUGCCCUGAGGACUGGGAAAGCUUCCAACCCACCCAGGAAAUCUGGAAUCCCUGGGCCCAGGCCACCGUCGAGCCACCUGCCCAGACCAUCCGCUUCCAGCAGACGGUAGAGGAAAGGCCCCUCAAAACAGAGGUCAAGUCAGAGGUGGGCCUAGAGGCCUAUGUGUACCCUGUGAACCCUCCACCACCCAGCCCUGACACCCUGAGCCACAAGAACAGUGGGGAGGAGGUGGAGGCUACUCCCUGCUCACCUGCCCCACCGCCUGUCCUGGGGCCAGCGGCAAUACCCAACAUCCCCCAGCGCCCCUCCUCAGGCCGCAUGGCUUAUGAUGCCCGUGAUGUGAGGCGGCGGCUGCGGGAGCUGACACGGGAGGUGGAGGCCCUGUCCCACUGUUACCUCCUGCCCUCUGGGUCCAGCACUGCUGAAGGGACAGGUCAGGGCUGGGUCUACCGUUCCCUGGUGGGCAGGUAACUGGGAAAAGAAUAAAAAAGAGAGAGGAGGUGGUUUGUGUUGGCAUGUGGGGGUUCCAGGGCCCACACAGCACCCAGAAGCUCUGGUUGCUAAGGGAAUCAUCUCCCUGGCAACAGGGCCUAGAGAGCCCCGAGGAUCCUCAUCAACCUCUUGCCCUUGACAGACCCUGCCCUUAGCCCUUUCCCAGACCCUUCCUGAUUCCAAGGCUCUACCCUGCUUUCUUUAGAGCAGCCUCCAGAUCCUAGCCCA